CAUAUCGGAAUUCGCACCACGAGGUGCUUGUUUUUGGGUUGAGAUUUCAAUACCUGUAAAUUCCUUGAUUUGUAUAAAAGCAACCGAUAUGCCAUCCAUAAACCCGUUGCCUCCCAAAGAGAAUGCUCUUUUUAAGAGAAUAUUGAAAUGUUAUGAACAGAAACAGUAUAAAAGUGGGUUAAAAUUUGCCAAACAGAUUUUGACAAACGUCAAAUUUGCUGAACAUGGAGAAACUUUGGCUAUGAAAGGUCUGACAUUAAAUUGUCUAGGAAGAAAAGAAGAAGCCUAUGAUUAUGUCAGGAGAGGAUUACGUAAUGAUCUCAAGAGUCAUGUCUGUUGGCAUGUGUAUGGGUUACUACAGAGAUCAGAUAGAAAAUACGAAGAGGCAAUUAAAUGUUACAGGCAUGCUCUUAAGUGGGACAAGGAUAAUUUACAGAUCUUACGAGAUUUAUCAUUGUUACAAAUACAAAUGAGAGAUUUAGAAGGUUACAAGGAUACACGGUAUCAACUAUUGGUAUUAAGACCUGGUCAGAGAGCAUCAUGGAUAGGAUAUGCUAUGUCCUAUCAUCUAUUAAAAGAUUAUACCAUGGCGUUAAGAAUUUUAGAUGAGUUUAGAAAAACCCAGAGUGUAAAAACAUAUGAUUAUGAACACAGUGAGUUAUUGAUGUACCAGAAUUUUGUUAUGAGAGAAGCAGGGAUGUAUAAGGAGGCCUUAGAAUUUCUGAGUGAAAAUGAUGAACAGUUAUUAGAUCGGUUAUCUGUACAAGAAAUUAAAGCUGAGAUUUUAUUAAAAUUAAAUAGAAGAGAAGAGGCGGCUAAAAUAGCACAGGCUCUAACAGACAGAAAUCCUGAAAACUGGGCAUAUUAUAAAUACUUAGAAGAUGCACUGCAAUUAGACAAUGUGGAAGAAAGAUGUAAGAUAUAUUCCGAGAAAGAGAAGAAGUUUCCACGGGCAACUGCACCAAAAAGAUUACCAUUAACCUUUACAACAGGUGAUACAUUUAGAAGGUUAACAGACACAUUUUUGCGGACAGCUAUUAGGAAAGGAGUACCUCCACUGUUUGUGACAAUGAGACCUCUUUACACAGACCCAGCCAAGGUGAAAAUUAUAGAAGAACUUGCUCUGAGUUAUGUAAAGAACUUAAAAGAAACAGAUUAUUUUGAAGCUAACUGUGAUACAUCCGAAGAAAAAGAACCAGCCACUGCCUUAUUGUGGACAUAUUAUUAUCUAGCUCAACAUUAUGAUUAUUUAAGUCAGACACAGAAAGCUCUAGAGUAUGUAGAUGCUGCAUUAGAGCAUACACCAUUACUAAUAGAAUUAUAUGUUUUAAAGGCCAAAAUUAAAAGGCAUGCAGGUGAUAUAAAUGAAGGUGUUAAAUUAAUGGAUGAGGCCCAGUCAUUAGAUACAGCAGAUAGAUAUAUUAAUUCAAAAUGUGGUAAAUACAUGCUUAGAGCUAAUCUUAUACAAGAAGCUGCCGAAAUGUGUUCAAAGUUUACAAGGGAGGGAGUAUCGGCAAUGGAAAACCUCAAUGAAAUGCAAUGUAUGUGGUUUCAAUUAGAGUGUGCCUCAUCAUAUCAAAGAUUAGGAAAAUGGGGAGAAGCACUUAAAAAAUGUCAUGAAAUAGAUAGGCAUUUUUCUGAAAUAAUAGAAGAUCAGUUUGAUUUUCAUACAUAUUGUAUGAGGAAGAUGACAUUACGAGCUUAUGUAGAGUUAUUACAAUUAGAAGAUAAAUUGAGAAGUCAUCCAUUUUAUGUCCGAGCAGCUCACAUUGCAAUAGAGAUUUAUUUACAUCUACAUGAUCAUCCCUGGACACCUGAAAGUGAACAGAACAAUGAUCUAGAUUCAGAAAAUUUAACACCAGCAGAAUUACGAAAGUUAAAAAGAAAACAGAAAAAGAAAGAAAGGAAAGCAGAAGAAGAGAGAGAGAAACAGUUAGCUGAACAAAAGAAAAGAGAACAACAGAAUAAAAAAUCUCAGGAUAAUGAUCUGGAUGGACCGAAAGAAGAAGAACUUAUUCCAGAUGAAUUAGCAAAAACUGAUAAUCCACUGGAGGGUGCCAUCAAAUUUUUAAAACCACUUCAACUGCUGAGUCCUAAUUUAGUCCAAACUCAUGUUGUAGCUUAUGAAAUAUAUUCUAGAAAAGGAAAGUUAUUAUUGAUGUUACAGUCUAUAAAACGUGGUUAUCAGAUAGAUAAAGAUGAUCCUCAAUUUCAUACUUGUUUUAUUAGAUUCUUAUUACAUGUAAAGAAAGUAGGUGAAUUAAGUGAAGGAGUUAAAACUGUGAUAGAACAAGAAGUAGAAAAAUUAACAGAUAAUAAACCAAUAAGUCGAAUAAAUCAACAAUUCCUAGAUCGUAAUCAUAACUCUCUUCCUCAUUUAUUUGCGGGUGGUCAGAUGAUGUAUUUAAUUGAUCCUUCUACAAGGGAAUUAGCUAUAAAAUUAGCUACAACAGUAUCAAGUAAUGUUAAAGGUGUAACAAGAUUGGUGUGUAUAGAUGUACUUGAUUCUCUGUGUAAAGGAGAUUUUGGAAUGUGUGAACGUGAGGCAACAGACUAUCAGGCACAAUGCCACAAUAUUUUCCCUUAUGCAACAGCAUUUAUGAUACCGGACAAUAAUCCAACAGAACCCAUGUUAUCAAAUGGAUCAGCGUCUUAAUUUACAUAGUAAAUAAAUUUGGAGUGGAUUAAGAUAUAAGUGUGGAUAAACUGUGUGUCGAGUUGUUCUAAAGGAAAGUUUGGAGUGACCAUCUAUUACAGGCAUAAUGGGGAAUAUUAACCUACAAACUUUCAACUAUGUUUUCCCACAUUACGACAAAAAAAUUGAUGCAGUUUAUAUAUAAUGUAUUAUACAUGUUAUUUUUUAUGAAACGUGUGAAUAGAAGUUCUAGUUCAAAAUAAUAUACAGAGACUGUUAAUAGUUAUUAUAUUAUUAUAACUUCUCCCUCCCUCCCUCACAAUCCUAUAUGGCAAAUUUCAAAUGUAAUUUUUUUUUUCCACAAUUUUUUUUGUCUGAUUAACGAAUGAAUUACAAAAUGUUCCGAAAAAGAGAUAUGAUUAAAAGUUUAUUUUGAUUGACAGCUAUCUGUAAUCCAUUAUAGUCACACAAUUUGCAUUUAAUUGUAUAUAUCUACGAUUGUUGAAUAUUAAGUUAACAAUGAUGAAAUAUCUGAUUAAUUUCAUGCUAAAAUAUGGAGUGUUAUCCCUGAUAUGGAUAACCAUAUUUUGUGUUUAUUAGAUUGUGAUUACAGAAGAUAAUCGAGUCUUUCGAUCAAACAUAACAAAUCUAUAAGCAAUACAGUCUAUUAAUCUGUAGACUUAUUGUAAUUUCUGAUUUAAAAACUGUUAAAUCUGUUCAUGGAAAGAUAUUGUCUAGAUAUUGAUCCAUAGUUUUUCACUACAUCAAUAAUAUAUCACUUUAAGCAAGCAAUGCAGCUGUUACUGAGAGUUAAACACAUAUUUAUUUGUUAGAAAAUCUGAACUUGAUGUAUAUGAAAUUUUCUAGCCAAUUUUGUAGAUAUGGAAUAUAUGAAGCAUCAAUAGUUUAACACUUCUAUUGGCAAUAGGUUAAAUAAUAAUUUUUAGGCAACUGUCAAUUUUUAAAUCAGGAAUAUUUUUUUCUAUAAAGUGUAUUUCUACUAAAUUUUCUAUCUGUGUUAUGUUUAAAGGUUGAUACCAGAUGUUGAAGGAUUUUAAAGGGUCAUGACCUAUAGAAAAUAUUUCAAUGUCCUCAACUAAAGCCAAGAAACCUCAGCUUUCAGAUCUUAAUGUUGUGCUUGUUAUGAAAAUAUUCCAUUCAUUAAAUGGAAUCAAUCUAUGUACUGUUUUUUUUUUUUUCAAUGUGUUACUGGCUGUCAUCUUUAGGUAAUUCAGAUUUUAAUAAAACAGAAGACAGCCAAGUGGAGAAAAUGUCUGCUGUACAACAGAAGUUUUGAGCUGGCGUUCCUUAGCUUUAUAAAGUUCUUUAGAGAGAAGAAAAACUUUUCACAUGACAAAAUUCAUGGCUUCUUCUUAUAUGGAUCGUUUUUGUGUAAUUGAAUUUUGAUUUAGUUGUUGUCAUAUUAAUAUUCUAUUUAUUACAGACUCUAAGUUAUAUUUGAUGAAUUUUGUUAAAAAUAAUUUUGUGGUCAUCAAAACAUUGUUGUGCUUAGUGUAAAGAAGAAUUUUAAUUAAUCAUGAAGAGUAAAAUCAGAGAAAGGAAUCAAAUUUCUACUUAAAGUGGGUAGACAUCUUUUACUCGGUGAUUAUAUUUUCCACAUCUAUGUUAAUUUCACAGUAUUUUUAUCUAAUUUGUACUUUAAUUUUUAUACCAAAUAGAAUAAUAAACAUUUGUGUCAAAUAUUUUCAUAGAAAAAACCAAAGUGAAUUUAUCUCUCAACUUUGAGUGUAUAUCAUUUGGGAUUGUUGGUAGAUGAAAUCAUAACUUGAAAAAUAAUUAUAUUCUUUCACCCAACAUGUAAAUUAUUUGUAAUAGUACAGACAGCUUUAUGGAUAAUGUUUCAAUAAGAUUACUGUCAAUAUCACUGCUUGAUAACGGCGAGAGUAACCUUCUUAUUGAAACGUUGCAGUUGAUAUAUGUUGUUAAUGUUAUCCACAAAGUUGCCUGUAUUAUUAUAUAUUGCUAAAUUUAUUUUGUACUGGAUCAUUGUAUUGGAAAUAUUAAAUCCAUUAUUCGCUUGAGGUUCGAUAGUUUAUUAGCAAGUUGAAUUCUUUCAUGGAAUUAAUUAUUCCAUAUCUAGCUUGUUUCACAUAUCACUACAGAUGUUCACCAGAUUCAUUGAUUUCAACACAUUUAUUAAUUCAUCUGCCAGUGGUGAUGCUUUUUAUAAAUAUAUUCUUUCAGGGAAGUUGUAUGUAAAAUUCUGAAUACUGGUAUAGUUAUUAAAUUCUAUUGAUGAUUUUGCUUGAUAUUAAAUCCUGUGUUUAAUCAAAUUAUUCACAGUAUUAAAAGUAUUUAAUUAAAUAUUAUUAAAAUCAGCUUUGGUUGUACAUUGUACCAAAUAUACAAGUUUUAAUCUUGUUCUGUUAAAAGCAAUUUGCGUCAUUUUCAACGUUAUUGUACAGAGCAUGAUUUUGGGGUUUUUUUUCAAGAUAAUGUAUUUUGUAAGUUUUCUUUGGCUAAAAAAAAUAUAGGUUUAAAAAAUAUUGCAAAUGAAGGCAAUUGUGUGCUAUGUGAAUAAACUUUCGUCUUUUUUUUAUGA